AUGGAAAGGAAGGGGGUGCUUAAAAAGGAAGAUGUGGUAGAGGUGAACCCGGGACAAGAAGAGGGGGCGCGGGACUUCGCCGUCUUCCCCAGCAGAAACAGGCUGCUGUACAGCCACCGGGACUCGUUGCUGCCCCUGAAAUGGAAAGUUGCACACACCGCCCGCUGGAAGGCGCAGGUGCUCGCCUCGGUGCUCAGCCUCAUCGCCUUGUCCCUGAUGCUGAUCAUGGCCUUCUCCAAAACGUGGCUGUACCCCUCCACCAUCCGCUUCUUCCAGCGCUGGCCUGCGGAUGUCACAGAGCGCAUCUACACAUCUACCCACAUCAUGUCCCGGGGGCUCCUGCAGAUCUGCAUAUUCCAGACCUGCUUCUCCUCAAAGGAUGAGGAAGUUGCCUUACUUUUCUCUGGCCUCCUGUUGUUUCCGAUUGAUGUCUGGCUCUACGAGGUGGAGAAGAAUUUUUCCAUCCACAUCGGGUGGAGCUAUUUUAUUGGCUGGGUGGUGUUUAUCUUAUAUCUCAUCUGUGCAUUCCUCUGCUACUUCAACAAUAAAAGAUUCUGGAGUCUGAUUCUGAGCAGUGCGUCGUCCACCCUGUCCCACAGCAGCAGUCCCGCCAUCAUCAUCAUCAUCAUCAUCGACCACAGAACCCCCAGCGGCGGGACGCCCUGGCUGUGUACGGGGAACCCCAGCCGCCUGGCCUGUUCGGAGCUGCGGCAGCUGGAGUUCGGAGCGGCGCGGUCCCAGCUGAAGCUCGGGGCUUGUAACUCAGUAUCCACGGCGCCAGAGAAAGGCCGAGACGCCACUCAAACCACGAGCGAGGACAGCUACACACAGCAUUGGCAAGGCGCUUACCACUCGGAAAACGGAGACAAUGUACCACAAGACGUGAAGCUGCUACCUGUCACUGGACAGGGAGGAAAAAUCUGACACUCUGUGCCCGUCAUCGGAGUGAGCAACGGCAACAGGAAGGCUGCGAAGAUCACGGAAUCGGUUCAUUCUGACCUCCCCACAGACACCCCAUCGGGUAAACAUAGAGACAAGAGGAAAAGCUCCCUGGACGUCAGGAGCGCGGCCUCGCGAGCCAGCGGAGUGGCCAGCCAGAGGCGACACUCCUCCACGGCCCGGAUCCACUCCAGGACCAUGGAGGCGCCCAUCACCAAGGUGAUCAAUAUGAUCAGUGCUGCCCAGGAGAACAGUUCCCUGCCUGACAGUUCCCUGCCUGUGACGGCAGCCUCGGACCGCGCCCUGGAAAUGCUGGGGACCUCGGGGCUGUACUCACCCCAGUUCGGGGCGAAGGCCGGGGAUCCUCACACCCAGGACCUCAUCGGGGGCCUGAUGUCUGACGGCUGUCGAAGACUAUCCGGGAAUGAGUGUGCUCUCUCCACAAAAAACCCUGCAUCAAACGUCGGGCCGCUGACUCACCUCCGAGUCCCUCCAUGCUCUCCCACCGCGGACAGCUGAGGCCUGGGAAACGCUGACGACGGGGACCUGAACGUCUUUGAACUGGAGGCUGCCGCUCAGAAAGGGCCUCUGACUUCUCUUGGUCUCAAAACUUUCGCUCGCUUUGGGGUCUGUGAGUUCUUGAAGUGCUCGGAGACGACGACGCUGCGGCUGUGGCUCAACUACCACUCCUCCAACCCCUGCCACAACUCCACCCACGCUGCCCACGCUGCCCACUUCCUCUGCCAGGAGAGGAUCAAGCAAGAUGUGGACAGUCGCUAUGGGUUGACUAAAUUCUUGCCCACUGUGGAAGAUUUCACACUGUCUGGCAGCAGUGGGGCUUGGCACCUUGAGAGGUUAGCAGCCAUCCUCGAGUGA